GCUUACUUCGUUGACAGACACACCAAGAUCCUAAUUACAGACAAGGCACCUUUAGUCUUCUUAACGUCUCGCAUUAACACAUUAGAAGAACAAAGUGUUACAUGUGCCGGUGCGCAAUUAUUAGUCUUCUGUGAAAAAGUUGAAACUCACAGACGUUAAAAAACUGAAAAAAAAGCUGUGAAAAAAAGUGGGUGAAGAACUUACACAAGGAUGUGGUGGUUACUUUAUACAGUACUCAGUGUGCUGGCGGUAUUUGCACAACAGAAAGCUUCGAAAAUGUACCUCCAAUUGGACCAUGAUAAGGCUGUCUAUCUUCAUUCGAUUAUACGGUCGAACCAAUCGGCGAUGCUUGUACUGCGAAAUACCGCGCUCCGUCAUGCGCUUACUGAGCAGAUACUUUUAGAGGUAUUCAUGCUACCUUCUAAACAUAAAGUGACACUCUCUGUGCAGGACAAGAUAAAUAUUCGGUUGGAAACCAAUGGGCCUCAGGGCAAAAGAACCCAGGUGUCCGGACCACAUCGCACGUUUCCCAAAGAAGUCAUCAUCGCAAUCGAUGCAGCGUGUGAUAAACUCAUCAAUAAGGUGGAGCUGUAUUUUGAUUGUGAGUUACAACAUGAGAUGGCCCUUCAUAUACCCUUAUUCAUGGCCGCUCAAAGUGCUCAGGUCUUACGAAUUCUGCGGGAUCGCAGAAUGACGCUGGAAAUAUACGCAAAUGUCACAGAUGUGAAAAUCUUUUCUCACAAAUGCAGGACUUCCCGAAAACUCAACAUGCCUCAACCCUUUCUGUCAGAGUACGACAUACCGGAGCAAGCGGAGUCAAUAAAAAGUGUUCAUUCAACGCAUCACUCCAGAUUUUCUGUGAAGUCCAAUGACAGCCAACAAGCUUUAUGUGCUCCCUCAUUUGGUGUCAGUAAGAUCCUAGAAGGACUACGUUCCGUAAUUGAAGCUCAAACUAGAGCAACCAACCAAAUUCGAAAUGUGCUCGAAAGGUGCAGCAUAUGCGGAGAGAAGCCAAGUUGCAGCGACCGGCCAUGUUUCCCUGGUGUUCAGUGCAUGGAUACUGCAUCUGGACCGCGAUGCGGACCCUGUCCAACAGAGAUGUUAGGUGACGGAAAAGACUGUAAGCCCGCAGUCACUUGCAGCGACGAGCCAUGCUUACCUGGAGUACGGUGUAUAGAUACCUCUACGGGAUACACGUGCAAACCAUGCCCCAUUGGAAUGACCGGUGAUGGUAAAACAUGCCGUUGGGCCAACAAGUGCGCGGAUCAGCCAUGCUAUUCCGGUGUUCAAUGUACGAACAUUGAUGUUCCUCCGGGAUUCAGAUGUGGCCGAUGUCCCGAGGGCUUUACCGGAAACGGAACCCACUGUGAAGAUAUCAACGAAUGUUCCCUUGCUAAUCCGUGUUUCCCAGGAGUUCAAUGUAUUAAUUUGAAGCCUGGGUUCACUUGUGGUCGAUGUCCUCAAGGAUAUACAGGCCGCUCCCUCGAAGGAGUUGGAAUAAACUCUGCUCGCCUCUUCAAACAGCAGUGUUUUGAUAUAAACGAGUGUGACGACGGAAACAAUGGAGGAUGCGUAGAGAACUCUGUCUGUAUAAACGCACAAGGAAGCUUUCGCUGCGGAGAUUGCAUCGAAGGAUUCAGCGGUAAUCAAACAUCGGGCUGCCGGACACGACCAGGACUCUGUCCUGACGGAUCUGAAUGUGACGGAAACGCAGAAUGUUUCAUGAGGAGAGGGCACACAAGAUUCCAGUGUCGCUGUAAAAUCGGCUUUGCUGGCGACGGUAGGCUGUGUGCGCCAGAUACUGAUAUCGAUGGGUGGCCAGACUAUGCUUUACCAUGCUUCGACAAAAGGUGCAAGGCUGAUAACUGCCCAGAUACGCCAAACUCUGGGCAGGAGGAUGCGGAUGGAGACAAUAUUGGAGACGCCUGUGAUCCGGACGCAGAUAAUGACGGAGUAGCAAAUUAUCCUGACAACUGUCCGCUCGUCUCUAAUCCUGAUCAGAGAGAUUCCGACAAAACUGGUAAUGACAAUCUGGGUGACGCAUGCGAUAACUGCCCAACAGUUUAUAAUCCUGAUCAGAUAGACACAGACCACGAUGGCCAGGGCGAUGAGUGCGACAGGGAUGCAGAUGGAGAUGGCAUCCCCAAUCAUGCGGAUAAUUGUCCGCUUACGGUCAAUCCAGAUCAGAGUGAUCAGGAUGGUGAUGGAUUGGGUAAUUCCUGCGAUAACUGCCCUUUUGCGGCAAACCCCAGUCAGGAAGAUCUGGAUCAAGACCUCGUUGGCGACGCCUGCGACAACAAUAUUGACCGGGAUUAUGAUGGAAUUCAGGACAACGUCGACAACUGCCCAGAUGACCCCAACAGUGACCAACUAGAUACAGAUGAAGAUGGACAGGGUGACGUCUGUGACUUCGAUAAGGACGAAGAUGGCAUCAGAGACAACGUGGAUAACUGCCCUUUGGUAUACAACCCGGAUCAAAAGGACACUAACAAUACUGGAGUGGGAGACGCGUGCAAAGGCGAUUUCGAUGGUGAUGGCGUUGGUGAUGACGAUGAUGUAUGCCCUGAUAAUAGACGGAUUUAUGCCACCGACUUUCGAGCUUAUCAAACUGUUGUACUUGAUCCCGAGGGUGAUAGCCAAAACGAUCCGCACUGGAUCAUUUACAAUAAAGGCGCGGAAAUUGUACAGAUUCUUAACUCAGAUCCAGGACUGGCUGUAGGGUAUCAUAAAUUCGGCGGAGUCGACUUCGAGGGGACCUUUUUCGUGGAUACAGCAACAGAUGAUGACUACGUCGGCUUCAUAUUUAGCUACCAGGAUAACCACAAUUUCUACACGGUAAUGUGGAAGAAGAAGAAGCAGAUGUACUGGCACAGCACCCCGUUUCGUGCGACGGCUCAACCCGGCAUUCAGUUAAAACUUGUACAAUCCGAGACUGGCCCAGGAGAGUACCUCAGGAACUCGCUAUGGCAUACCGGUAAUACAACAAACCAGGUCCAGUUGUUAUGGAAAGACCCUCGCAAUGUUGGAUGGAAAGAAAAGGCUGCUUACAGGUGGUUGCUACUUCAUCGCCCCAAUAUAGGCCUUAUACGACUUAGGAUCUUUGAGGGACAGAAUAUGGUUGCUGAUUCAGGAAAUAUUUUUGACGACACCCUUAAAGGAGGCAGGCUAGGAGUGUUCUGUUUUUCUCAGGAGAGCAUAAUCUGGUCCGAUCUUGUGUAUAGGUGUAAUGAAGCGAUUCCCGAGAUAGCUUACCGUGAGCUGCCUUUUGAGCUUCAGAAGCAGGUUUACAUGGACAGUAUAGUCGAUACCAAAAUAUAAGGAAACAAAAAUCUACCUGUAAAUCCAGGGAAACAUCGGGCUCGGAAAAAACUUUCCUUCAUUUCGAUUUACUUAAAUCAAUUAAUCAAACGAUCAAUUUAAAAUACAGAUUCUAACAAUCUUGCUGCAAACACACGCAUUGAGCGAGUUUCCAUAUUUAGCGAGUUUUCAUAUUUAGAUAUCUCCUUGUAAUGUAUGACAAUUACCUAUCUACAUAAGAGUACGGGCGUUUGUGCAGCGCCUUUUUCCUUCUCUAUCCUGCCCUCCAAAAGUAUGUAGAAAAACAAAAUGGAAAGAACCUCUUCUCACAGGUGUCUCCUGCCACUAAAGUUUUUGGUGCUCACAAGUUACCCGUAUCAUCUAAAUGGAACUUCUUGCAGAAUGCGUUGAACAAUAAUGAAUAUAACUACCGGAACAUUUAUUUUUAUAUAUGGUUUAUCUUCAAACGUAGAUGCUGUUGUUGUUGUAGAGACUGGUCAGCGUUAAUCUUUAUUUUAUAGUUUUUUUUUGCUUGGCUUCUAGCACCUACAAAAAAGAGUAUUUUUGCUAUCAUCAUUCAGCUUAUUUUUGAUAGAGCUGUAUUUAAACAAACAUUUAACGCAAAAGAAAAAGAAUAAGACAACAAAACAGAUCAUGCUUUCAGUCUUUACAACGGUCUCGACAAACAAAAUUUUCUAAACAAUGUAAUCAACUAACGUUGAUGGAUCAUUUGAUAUUCGAUACUAUUAAAUGCUAUACUACUACGUUAAACAAUCUACAACAUAUAAUUUUAUUUCAAAUUAUGUUAAAAUAUUAUAACUUCUCCAACACUAACCAGAACAACUGAAUAUGAAGGCAAAAGAAAAAGAGGUAAGAGCAAAUUCUUCAAUAGUAAGGACGUGCAGAUCAGGCACUCCAACGUUGUCGAACAUCAGGCUAUACGUUCAGCGAGCUUGAUAGACGAAGUUGAUAAGCGCGUUACUCAACUUAUUGUCGUACUCCCUUCCAAUGUCUGUCUCGCGCACCCGUGCAGCGCACUCCAGUUACCCACUGGCAACGAAGUCCAUCGUUGUCCAGCUUCACAAACGUGCCAUCUUAACGCUUAAUGUUCCAACAACCAAACAAGCCUUCGCUGUUCUUUCCCCAGCACCGAUUUUACUGUUGAUAUGAAUAAAGACACGAUCUGCUGUCAUGAACGUUGAACUCAGACGUAUUUUCCCAUAGAGAUCUCGCCUUUGAUCAUUGCUACAAACCAACAAAGAAGCUUAUUCUGUUAAUGUCGAAAUCCAUUCAUUAACAAAACACAGGCGCGGAGCGAAGCCCAUGUGUAUGUUUGUUGGGAAAAUAAGGAGAAGGGAGAUAUAAUAAAAAUAGUUUCUUGAAAAUUUCCAAAAAUAACUUACACAAAUAAAUAUGGAUAUGGCAUUAAAAUGCCGUUUUAUAUUCUAGCUUCUUAUACUAAAUAUCGCAAAGAGCCGAUGGCUGAUACCGUCGUGAGUUCAACAAUCAUGCUGCUACUACAAAGAAAAGGAAAAAAACGGCACUGGUUACAUUUUAAAAGACACUGAGUAAUCGAAAAUGUAAUGUAGAGCCUAUGAUGAUGAGUAAGAGCAACUACAUACUGACUUAUACAAAAAUAAAUG